AUGAAAUCAUUAGUGUUUGCUAGUUUCGUGAUAACCGUAAUAAUAUUACUUUUACCAAAAGAAUCUGCGUCUACUAUAAUGAGUAGACGAGCUCUUCAAGAUAUUUACAAUGAAUUGAAUAACGGUUUAACAUUUGCAAAAAGAAAGAUAUAUAAAUAUGGUUAUAAAGGUGAAAUUUGUCUUGAAGAUCCAAUUCAAAGAUGUUCAUGCAUUGAAAUGUUAUAUGAAAUAAAAGAUCUUAAACCAGGAAUGCCUACAAUUGAUGAACAAGAUAUAAGAACGAAACGGCGUGCUGCAUCAAAACGUUACCAUCCCGACAAAGCAAAUGUGUUACAUGAAGAAGUAUUUAAUUUUCUUAAUAUUUGUGCAGAGAAGCUAAUUAACCCAAACAUACGAAAAUAUUAUUUAGCAGAGUUGCAGUUUUGUUUACAGAGUUGUGAAAACCGACAAUAUGAGGAUAGAUUAUGCCGUAAUUUGGUUGAAGACUUAAAUAAUCGAGUUAUAACACAAGGACAAGCUGUACCAGUUAUACCAUUUCCAAAUCGAGAAUUUGAGAAAGGAAUGGAAACAUUGCAUGUAUUUCUUGAUAAUUCAGGAUCAAUGGCAGAUAUAUAUUUUAUUGGUAGUGAAGAUAAAUCGCGUCAAAUUCUAACACAUCAUAAUCGAAUCAACGAAGAUAAUCUGGAUUCCCAUGUUCUUGAUGUAUGGACCGCACAAGAUGGCUCGACCUUUCAAUGGGAGUUUAUAUGGGAUUCCAUGAAAAACAACGACUGUGCUGAUUGUGAAAUAAUUAUAGUUACAGACGGUGAAGAUAAUAUGUCUACGGGAUUAUUUCAUGGGCCGACAGGAUUUGAUGAAUUAAUGUUAAAACUAAAAGAGCGUAAUCAACCAUUACCGCGAGUGUACGCUUAUUGUGAUGAAUGCACAUAUGAAAUUGGAAAGUAUUAUCAAGAAUUAUCAUUAGGCGCGGGUGGAUAUUUUUGUCAGGACGACAACGUGGAUGAAUGCUGUGACAUCAUUAACUCACCGCAUUGUGAUCGAGUGAAACUGGAAAAGAUGUAUAAAGCGAAAUAUCGUGAAUUAUCAGAAGCAGGUGAUAUACGACUACUUCAAUGGGUGAACAAAAACGAAUUAUAG